AUGGCGCCCACGAAACUUCAAGACACUGAAUUAGAACGCCACGUAGAUGGCAAAAAUAAUUCAGGGACUGCAAACGUGCCAGGACUUAACAUUGCAGCAGCGAAGACUACAGCUGCUCAACAUGGAAAUUUGCAUAUAGCAAAAAAUUUGAUCGAAAAUGGGCGAGUUAAGGCCACAGACCGAGACGCGCAGAAUGUUACCCCUUUACAUUGGGCGGCUAUCAAUAAUCAUGUAGUAAUGGCGAGAUAUUUGAUUGAUAAUGGAGCUGAAAUAGAUGCUCGUGGUGGUGAACUGGACGCAACUCCGUUGCAUUGGGCAGCAAGUAUUCGAGAUUCUCAAGGAUUUAAUGGGCUUCAUAUUGCUACACAUUCUUCUAACACUAUGCUAGUAUUAUAUCUCGUAUAUCAUGAUAUGGACAUUGAUACUCCAGAUGUUGUACAACACACGCCUUUAAUGUGGGCUGCUUAUCAAGGAGACCCACAAACUGUAGAGUUAUUAAUUAACUUGGGUGCAUCAGUAUCCAAAACUGAUGCUGCGCAAUUUACUCCCUUGCAUUGGGCAAUGAUUAAAGGAAACCCAUUAUGUUUAAGAAAGUUAAUAGAGGCUGGUGCAGAUAUAAAUGCAAAAGAGGAGAAUGGGAAAACUCCUUCGGAUAUUGCACGAGAGAUGAAAGCUAAUAGGGAAUCAUCGCGCAUUUAUGGUGUAUCUUACGAUGAUGGUGAUUUUAUGAUUUCCACACCUCCAUACAUACCAAAUUCAUCAGAUUCAUGUUUUUUGAAUGAUUUUCUGUGCGGAAUUUUUCAUUACGACAUGUGGACGGCAUCCAUAGAUAUUUGGAUUGGAUUAAACGUUAUCUGGAUAAUAGGAUUAAUAUUAACGCAAGGAUAUCAAAUUGCUAAAGCAAAAACUACUUACGAAAUGGCCAAUCUUCAUCGAUAUUCUUAUUUUGGAAAUUAUAAUAAUAUAAAUGUUCGAGAGCAGAUUAUGGCAACAUUGGCAGCUGCACCUAGUGCAUCUAGAACUUCCCAAGCAGAUGAUAAUGACGAUGAUGAUAUUUAUGGAACAGACGAUAAUACAGAUAAUAAUUUUGGCGGUGAUCACAGACAUGGUAUGAGAUAUACUAGUCUUAAUUCUCAGCAUUCAGCUGCAUCUUUGAGAAUGUUUAGUGGAAGAAGGACGACGCGUCGAAAACAUUUCAAUGAUCGAAAUGGAAAUCCUUUUGAUUUUGGAUAUUGGAAUAAUUGUGUGGAUUUCUGGUCACAGGGACAUGGUGGAAUGAUGCAAAAGAUAGAUUGGCGCGAACUGUACGAUGUUCCAUUUGAAAGGUAUGGUAAUUUAAAACCAAGAAAUGGUUAUGUAGAUAUAAGGGACG